AUGGCGCAGGUAGUCGAUGAUUAUUGCUUGGUCGGUGAUGGAAGCGGCGGAGGAGCUGAUGGAGCAGACCCCAAGAACUCAUCUGCAAGCGAGCAAGUUUCUUUAAGAGGAACUGAAGAGAGUGGUUGGACAGCUUAUUUGGAUGAUUUUGCAUUAAGCCAAAAUUCAUAUUCCAUGGAUAGUUUUAACAGCCCUUCUUUGAUUUCUGAUGCUGCAUGGAAUGGUCCUAAUAAUAAUGAUCAAGUUAUCAGGUUUUCUUCAUUGGAUAGCUCUAAAUUUCCCAGGAGAUUGAAUUUCAAGAACACAAACAGUAAGAAAUUUUCUUGUGAUGAUUUGGAGGAUACAGCUAGUUCUCCAGUCAACAGCCCUAAGGUUAGCAGUUUGAAGGCCAAGAAUGUCAAAUACAAAACAUCAGAAGCCAUCUCCCAUAAUUUCUCAAUACAAGGAACUGAUGAGAGAAACGAAACGAAUUUUGCUGAUGAAAGAAAUAGUGAGUAUAUGGAGCAAAAGAAGACGGGAUUUUGCCUGGUGCCUGUGGCAGCAAUCAUGAACCAUCUUCGCUGA